AUGUCCAAAGACAAGUCCCCCACCCCUCCCCGAUCGCCCGGCAUCCCAGUGGUGGUGUCGAUCGAGGAGAAGAACAAACAAGCUGAUGCCUCGAAUCCUGUCCUUUCAACCAUUCCUCAGAAGUAUAUUCCUCCCACCCCCACCAUGUUGCCACUACCUCCACCACCCGCCUAUUCAGCCAAAGACAGGAACUACGGUUUCAUGGAACGAAUGAAACGAAAAAUUAGAAGAAAUGCCAUGAUCAAUGAAGAAAAGGUGGGUUUUGGUCUAAAUUUUUAUGCUUUUGAUUGUUGGUUGAUUUAGUAAAUAAAGUAAAAGUAAAGUAAAGUGAAAGGAAAAUGCCAUUUUUAAUUGAAACAAUAGAAUAAAAAAAUAUUAGAGAAAACAUCAUUUUGAGCUUUAGUUGAACAGAUUUCGCUUAAUUUUCGUCUUUUGUUGCUAAAAUUAAAAGUUUCCUGAUUUUCCUGGCGGGACCCAAAAGAAUAAGAAGCGUUUUCUGUUUUUUGCCUUAUAAAAUGAUUUUAUGAAAGAAUAAGACCUUUUGACCCAAGACAACUGCAAAAAAAUUUUUACUGUAAUCUGAUUACAGUAUCAUAUUAAGUUUAACAUUUCAUUUUCCAGCCUCAAAUCGUCAAUUUUGAAUUUUCAGAUUAGUGCAAUUUGUGUUCCAAUAUUUCUAACUUGGCUAUUGGUGGCUUCAUUCUUCGCUGGACUACUUUUCUAUAGGUAUUUCGGCCAUAGAGCAGCUGAAUCAACUUUCUAUAGAUGGUGUGGAACAGACUAUAUUGAUAGUGACUUGGAAGGUACUCAAAAGUUGGAACAGAAACUAGAAAUCAACCAGGAGGAGGUAGGGACUUCAAAAAAUAAAAAUUUUUUUAAAAUUAAAAUUUUAACUUUUUUUUUAAAUUUUGUUACAAAUAGUCUUUUUUCGAAUUCUAAAAUUAUUAAAAUUAAAAAAAUCUUGUAACAUUUCUAAUCUUAUCGUUUAUAGCUGUAUGAACGAAUUCAAGUCCCCAAAUUUGGAAUCAAUCGACCAGCAGUAUUUGUCCACGAUUUCAGAAAAAACAUCACGGCCAUCGUGGACGUACUUGGAGAACGAUGCUUCUUGAAGGAUCUUGACCGUUCUCUGGUCGCUCCGCCGAAGAAUUUCAUUGAUCUGAUCCAGAAAAUGGAGGUAAGGCUUUCAAUUACAUUAAAACUAUAAAAAUUUUUAAAAAAUUUUUGAAAAUUAAAAUUUUUUUUGUCGGAAAAAGUUUCAAAAACAAUUUUUUUUUGAAAAGUACUAAAUUAUGAGUCAUCAGUAAUCUCUAGAUAAUCAUACUUAAUAUUGCUGACUUUUUACCGGAUUUUUCUUAUUGCAUAGAGACAAUUAUUAUAGUAAAAAAAAUGAUAAGCCAUAGUUAAGCUAGAGGAUUGCCUGUUAGAUUACGUAACAAACUAUUGUUUUUAAGGCUUAAAGGCUAUUUUUUGUGAUUUUCAGGCUUAACAUUAAGCUUUUAAAGGUUUUUUAAAUUUAUGCUUUUUCAAAUUAUUUUAUAGCUUAUUUUUUAAUAAAACUGUAAAAAAUUCUAAAUUAAUCUAUUUUUAGAAAGGCUACUACGCCCAAAACCCUCGAGUAAUCCGCGAGACCUACCGCGUCGGCGAACGCCUAGAAGCGAACGAACUAAAGCAACUUGGCUCAGCAAUGGUUUCGAAGCAUUGCCAAGACCGCGAGAUCUUCAAACUUCAGAAAGUGGCCCCAUCUCCGGAUGAGCGAUUCUUCGGCCAACGCCGUCGUCGCAACGUGCCAAACUCACUAAAUUUUGCCGUUCUGACUGGCGAAAACGUAGAACUUGAGAAUAUUCUCCUCUAA